UGCCCGUAGCCCCUCCCGCACUGACCCCGAUACCCCACAGGACAACACUUCAGGCUGCCGCGCGCGCGCUCCAGGGCGGAGGCGCGCGCUCCCGCGGUGCACGCAGGCGCGGCACGGUGUCGCCUAGCAACCGGGAAAAACAGUGGACUCCGAGGCGCGCUGGCCGCGGCGAUUGCAGCUUGCGAGGCUUGAGGACCCCUUGCGCUGCGGGCCCUGCGGGCAGGCAAAAUUUAAAGGAGGAAAUAAGUCUCCUCCUAAAGGCCUUUAACCAUUGAUUGCAUCUUUUCCAAGAAUGGGUAAAAGGAUAAAGAAGGAAGCAGAACCUCCUCCUAAGGAUGUGUUUGAUCCAUUAACGAUUGAAAGCAAAAAAGUAGCAACUGUGGUGUUAAUGCUUAAUUCUCCAGAAGAAGAAAUUUUGGCUAAAGCAUGUGAAGCCAUUUAUAGAUUUGCCUUAAAAGGUGAGGAAAAUAAAGCAACCCUCCUUGAACUUGGAGCUGUGGAACCUUUAACUAAACUGCUCACUCAUGAAGACAAAAUCGUAAGAAGAAAUGCUACUAUGAUAUGUGGAAUCCUGGCUUCUAAUAAUGAUAUUAAAAAAUUGUUAACAGAAUUUGAUGUCAUGAAUUCUGUUAUUGCUCAGCUUGCUCCAGAAGAAGAAGUAGUUAUCCAUGAAUUCGCUAGUCUUUGCCUAGCAAACAUGUCUGUAGAGUAUACCGGCAAAGUGCAAAUAUUUGAACACAGUGGAUUAGAGCCACUGAUUAGACUGCUGAGCAGCCCAGACCCUGAUGUGAAGAAGAAUUCCAUUGAAUGCAUUUACAACUUGGUCCAGGACUUUCAGUGUCGAGCUACACUUCAAGAAUUUAAUGCAAUCCCUCCUAUGUUAGAUCUCUUGAAGUCAGAAUAUCCAGUUAUUCAGUCGCUGGCUCUCAAAACCUUAGGUGUUAUUACAAAUGAUAAGGAGUCACAAGCAAUGCUUAGAGACAAUCAAGGUGUGGACCACCUUAUUAAGAUCCUGGAAACUAAGGAAUUGAAUGACCUUCAUAUAGAAGCACUUGCAGUGAUAGCCAAUUGCCUUGAAGAUAGGGACACAAUGGUGCUAAUUCAGCAGACAGGGGGUAUUAAGAAGCUCCUGUCAUUUGCAGAAAACUCUACAAAUCCAGAUAUUCAGAAGAAUGCAGCAAAAGCAAUUACCAAAGCAGCUUAUGAUCCUGAAAAUAGAAAACUUUUUCAUGAACAAGGGGUUGAAAAAUGCCUUGUAACCCUUUUGGGUUCUGAGAACAAUGGAACUAAAAUCGCUGCUUCCCAAGCUAUUUCAGCAAUGUGUGAGAAUUCAGGCAGCAAAGAAUUUUUCAAUAAUCAGGGGAUUCCACAGUUAAUUCAGUUGCUCAAAAGUGACAAUGAAGAGGUGAGGGAAGCUGCAGCCUUAGCCCUGGCCAAUCUGACAACUGGUAAUCCUGCUAAUGCAAAUGCCACUGCUGAAGCUGAUGGUAUUGAUCCAUUAAUAAACACAUUGUACAGUAAACGAGAUGGAGCCAUUGUGAAUGCUGCUACAGUACUAAUGAACAUGGCGAUGCAGGAGCCUCUGCGCGGGAACAUACAGAGUCACGACAUCAUACACGCCCUCAUCAACCCACUGCAUUCUGCCAACACGGUCGUGCAGAGCAAAGCUGCUCUCACUGUGGCUGCCAUCAUGUGUGAUGCUGAGGCCCGCAGAAAGUUAAGAAAUUCAGGGGGACUGGAGCCCCUUGUAGAGCUCCUGCGCUCAAAGAACGUUGAAGUGAGAAGGCACGCCAGCUGGGCAGUCAUGGUGUGCGCCACUGACGAGCCCACGGCUGUGGAAUUGUGCCGGCUCGGGGCUUUAGAUAUCCUUGAAGAAAUUAAUCUAUCAGUAAGUCGAAAAAAUAAAUUCAGUGAGGCAGCUUAUAACAAACUGCUCAACAACCACUUGUCUCUGAAAUAUAGCCGGACUGGCUAUUUGUCAUCCAGUAACAUAAUUAGUGAUGAAUUCUAUGAUUAUGGCCGGAUAAAUCCUGGCACCAGACUUUUGCCUUUGAAGGAUCUCUGCUUACAAGAACCAAGUGAUCUACGUGCUGUACUCUUGGUUAACAGUAAAUCUUCUGAUGUUUCUCCACCUCCAUCUACGGAAGAUAAAUCAGACGCUGGUUAUAGACGAAGUAUUUCUUCUUCAUCUUCCUUAAAAACAGCAAGUAAAGAAAAAGCCAAUGCUGGGUUUGGAUCUCCCACCGGAGAGAAAUCAGAACCAACCUCUGGACGAAAUACUGCUCUUAGCAAAAGUGCUACUAAAGAGAAAGGAUCCAGGAAAGGCAGAGGAAAAAAAGAAGAAGAAAAAGUAAAGGAAGAAGAAGAGAUUACUGCAUUACCAAAAUAUACUGGAGAAGAAAGCCCUGAUAAAGAAUGGUACCCUCCCUGUGAUCCUGACUUCUGUGUUUAUGUGUCUGAAGUGACCAAAACAAUACUUUCCAUGAUCAAUAUUAAGGAACAGAUUGAGGUUCUUGCCAAGUAUGUGGCAGAAAAAAUGGGCGGUAAAAUUCCAAAAGACAAAUUAUAUGAUUUCAGCUGGGAACUUCAUAUAAGUGAACUAAAAUUUCAACUGAAGUCCAAUGUUGUACCAAUUGGACUGAUCAAAAAAGGAAUCUUCUACCACCGAGCUUUGCUUUUCAAGGCUCUGGCUGAUAAAAUUGGCAUCGGGUGCUCUCUGGUUCGCGGGGAGUAUGGCAGGGCUUGGAAUGAAGUGAAGCUGAUGAAUGAGUCCCGUGAGGGAGUGCUGGGGGCGUUCUCUGCCCCUGAAGCGUACAUAGUUGACCUCAUGUUCCACCCCGGCAGACUGAUGAAGCUAAGCAGCAGAGAGGCAGAUCUUUACAGAUUUCUCUAAACUACUGAAUGAAUACAAAAGGGAUUCAAACAAAAUCAUUUUAGGCUUUUUUAAUGAAAUUCACCCAUUGAUUUUAUUCUUUAAAUAAAAGUAUUAGAGAUGUUCUCUCUGUAUAGAAAUGAGGACACUUGGUUUGAACUUGGUCAUGGUUCUGAUUUCAGGCUUCUGGCAAGAGCUCAGUCUGAUUAGAUUAUAUCCAGCUCACUGUCCCUCAUGUAAAGCUUAUUAUUGUCAAAAUUAAUUCACCCCCCUGUUCCCUAAGGAACAGCCCUGCCCUUUGGGAGUCAUGUAAACAUACCAGCUGCUGCUCCCAGGAUGGUACCUCAUGACUGCCAUUCUUCAUGCCCAGAAUGCUUCAGGAACACUUGGCUAAAUAAAUUCAGUGGUUUUGAACAUCUUCAGUCACCUUGUCUCACUUUUGUAAAAUAAGAUUACUAAUAGUUUGAAUAAUUAUAGAUUUUAGUAUUAAAAGCCCUCUCUAAAAAUUUUUUGUUCAUGUUUUUAAAAAUGCAUCCUUAAGCACAUCAUUUAAUAUAAUUCAUCUUAACUAAAAUAUUUCUAAAAACUACUUCCAUAAACAGUAUUAGUCUUUGUCUUAUCUAUGUUGACUUGAAAAUCUGCUUUCAGUUGAAAACAAUUCUGAUUUGCUUUUACACAUUUUAAUGCUGGGACCCAAAAAUAGUAUUUUUAAGUUUAUAAUUCUCUUUUUUUGGAAAAUUUUGAAAUGUAGAAUUUAGAGAAAAAUCUUUGCUGAGGAAUUGUUUUCAAUAUUGAGCACAAAACAAGGAACAAACACAUUUCAAAUAAUAAAAUGAAUAAAACCUAGUAAAAUGCUGAGUCUCAUGAAAUAUUUCCUAGUCAAGUUUUAAGUCUAAAGUUUACCUGUGAAAUCAUUUCUCUAGAGGGUUUUUAAAAGUGAGCUUGGUUUUAGAAAUUAAGGCUAAGAUUAUUCUGUAUUAACCAAUCUGUAGUUUCAAAGAAUGUGUAUUUCCUCAUUUCAAAAUAAAGUUCUUUAUAUCAAA